AUGGUAGACGUUCUGGGGCCUUUGUCUGCUCGUCCGCCGACUCCACCAAGGACUGCGUCUCGUAUGCUGUCUGAGAAAGAUCGGACGGAAGACUCACCUGUGACUGUACAGACACCUAUCGAAUCUCAUUUCCUGCAAAAUGACUCAACCGGGGCGCCCUCGAGCCGCCAAUCCAAGCGCGUGAACUUUUCACCAUGGCCGAACUUCAUCAAGGCCCCUUCAUUCACUGACGCGAAGCCGAGCGAAAUCAAAGCCCUCCUACCCUCGAAUGACCGUAAGCCGACUAGGUCCAUCCUCAAAGCGACCAACUCGCCAGGCCCUGUUAGUCCAGCAGGCGUCAUCCCAAACACCCCCGAAUCGUUUGCAAUGCUUCUAGAGUCGAUCACCCAGCAAUUGGCUGGGGAAUCAACCAGUUCGAGGAUUGAUGCGUAUAUGCAGUUCUUUGGUGCAUUGAGGGCAUACGAGAAAGUGCCAACGGAGGAUGAAAUCGUGCGCAAGCUGGACCUGAUCACGCAGUUCAUCCAACGCGAUAUUAGUCGCGACCUCAAAAAAGGCGGAACGUUGGAUACUAAUGUUGUUAUAUAUGCGUUGAAGCUCUCUGUGGUGUUAGUUUGGCAUCCUCAAAUCUCUCCGCAACUACCUGAAGACUUCAAGCUUUUCCUCUUGGAGCACUCUGUCAACUGCCUCGAAGAUGGCAAACUACCCAAGUCCGUCGCAACUCAUUACCUUACCGUUUUGUCAACACAAAAAUUCUCGACAAGAAUUAUCACAACUGCUAGGGCAACCCGAAUACUGGAAAUGCUACAUGGCUUGACCGAUCGGGUUAAAGGAAAUUCCGUGGUCUCUCAACGUUUGACGAUAUAUGAACGCCUGUUCGAACUAUCUAAAUCAACAUUCAUUUCUCAUUCUGGGUUAUGGAUGGACCACCUCGUAUCUGGACUGCUUCAUCAGAUCAAAAAUGUUCGAUUAAAUGCGCUUGAGCUUGGAUUCAAUGUCUAUAUGGCGUCUGGCGCGAAUUCCACUUUGUCAAAAACACUUCGCGAUAUUUUCGAUCGACCCCUUGCAAACGACAGGAAGCUGGUAUCAGAGAUAAGCGAGCGUAUGUCGAGGAUGAUGACAAGUCCCGAAACCGGUGAACACGUUCCGCAGAUCUGGGGUGUUAUAACGUUGCUGUUGAGAAACAAGCGGUUCAACAUCGACCAAUGGCAGCAUUUCAAGGAAUGGGUUCUUGUUCUUCAGAAAUGCUUCAACUGCAGUGACCCUGAAAUCAAGUCAAAAGCGAUCGGUAACUGGAAUCGGUUUGUUCUAGUCGUUAACAUCAGCGAGUCAACUACUCCAUCGUUACUACGGAUGUUAAGCAAACCAAUACUGUCCCAGUUUGAACGGAAAAAGCACGAAAAACAAAAUACACAGCCUAGCCAAUUGGUGGUUGCGAGUUACUACAAUUUGCUCUACUAUGCUUUCCGUCCAGAUGCGUCUCAUCAGCAGCUCGAUAUUGUCUGGGGAGAGUAUAUCGCUUCACCCUCGUCAAAUAUAUUUGCAUCCGUUUCCAGUCUCAGUGACCGACUCGCCCAUGCUUUAUCGAAUAUGCUGUGGAGCUCACAUCCUAUUAAAGCUUGGUCUGACAACCGCGUCAAUGAGCCAAAGAGGAUCGUUGCCGAAGAACUGCCACCCUUGGAUUGCAAGUGGGUUAGGUCAAGAGUUCCUUCCGUGCUGAAGGUGUUCGAGGAUAUCUUGAAGUCAUCUGUCUGGGACCCCGAGCUGGCAAAGUCUAACAUUGCCACUGCAUGGGUUAGCCUGUCUCAUGCCCUAGCAUUUGCGGCAAGCAAGGAGAUAACCCCUUCCCAAGAGUCGAUGCAAACAGUAACCCAUGUUUGGGGACUUUUGGAAAGGCUAUGGCAAGCAGGGCCCUCGUCCCUCAAUGCGGCUGGGGAGAAUACAAUGGACACUUUCUUUGAACGCUUCAGAUUCCUGUCAACCACUAUGAUAGCUGUGUUAGGAAGCAUCCCGUUUACGGAGAAGUUGCUUUUUAAAACAGGAGAUUCAACAUAUCAAACCUCCAACACGCCUACGAACCGCAAUUCCAAAGCCAGCAACCACCCUGAUAGUCCCACCCUACACCUACUCCGGCUCAUCAGUGAUGUCCCCCGAAUCCCAGCACCAACUGCAGCAUAUUCUCGUCUCGUCAAAGACAUUGUUGAAUCAUCAUGUCGUGGCAAAAUUUCCAGAGGCUCACGACUCGAUAUUUUGAGGCAAUGUGCAAAUGUAUAUCCCGAUGGUAGCGAUGGUAGCGAUGACAGCGAGUUUCUUUUUGGAAUUGGUGGUUUCGCGCAGAUUGUCUGGACAUCAGCUGCGGAAUUGUCUGCAGAUUGUCUAUGCUCCUUUCCUAUUGAGUCGGCUCGUGAACGGGACGGAUCCAUUACGCGGGAUUACACCACCGUGUUCAUGAUUCUUUGCCAGGGAUUGAGAUUUGCAGAUAAGUCUCCGGCCUGGGAUCGACUUUUGGAUGCAUUUGUUCGUGUUAUGAGAACCGAAAGAGGAGACUUUUCAAUCGCGACAAUGGUUUUGGAGCCGUUAGCGGGUCAGAUGAUGGGCCUUAAUGUUUGCAGUGCCUAUUCACCGGCGUCUUCCAUGAUAAACCAUUCUUUAUCAAUUCAUUUCGACUAUGAUGGUGGAGCUAAGAGUGGGAACCCCAACACAAAUUCACCUCCACAUCCCCAUGCAUUAAUUGGAUUGAUACACCGGGUUCUUUCGGAGUCCUACGAGUUCCCGGAUCCUCAGAACUUGGAUGGCGUCGCCGUCUUCAUAGAGUCACUCGUUUCUUUCCUGGGAUCAGGCACCUUUACCUUUAGGUCUGUGCUUCUUGAUAAGCUACAGUCUCCCCUUGGUCUAUAUCUGAAGGACGCAACGCGCAAAUAUACCGUCGAAAAUGGAGUCGAGAGUAGGAUUCUUACUGCUUGUCGCGCAAUUUCGACAGUCAUCUUGAAUAUUCUGCAAAUCCUGCCUCAUGACGCUUGGAAUCUCCAGAAAUAUGAGCAUAUCAUCUGCUCGGGCUUGAUGUCCUCGCAUAUAUCCACCGCGAAGCGAUUUGCAGAUUUUUGGAGAUCUUCUUUUGGAAUUCAACGAUUUUUACAGUGUCCGCCCAUCGUAUCCCAAGCCUUAGGGGACCUCGAAGCCCGCGUUGAUAUUCAGACGGCAGGGGUACUUGAUAGACCUUCUACCCUGGCGCCACAAACCAGUCACUUGGAAACCGGACUUGAACAGCAUACCAAUACGCUUGUCACUGAAAGCUCGAAAAUUACAUCAGAAGAUGCCCCUGUUAAGUCUAAAAUCGAUUUUAUCUUGGAUGCACCCACGGGGUCUUCGUAUUCUGCGCACAUGGAAUCGUCCCCAGUAAUUGCGGGCUCUCAAUCGGCAGCCUCGACGUUGCAAAAGACGGAAUCGAGCCUUGACCAAGUUGCGCUUGAGGGGACCGCAGAUAACACCACUAAUAUGGAAGAACCACUUCCUCCAUCUGUUAAAGAGGACACCACAAGGCACAGGGAGGUAUUUUCGAUGAUCGAUAGCCUCCGCUCUUCCUCUCCUCCCACGACCACGCCCAGGGAGCUUGGGUUCAUGACACCUCCUCAUUUACGCAGUCUACGAAACGAAGAAUCUGGGACGGAGACUCCUAAAACCCCUACAAUAGCCGCUGUCGCUGCGGAGAAUGAAGACGGAUUCCUUGGUUCGUCCCCAACACCUGCCAUCAGAGGCCGAACAUCAUCAGUGGCGUCCGCGAUUCCCCCGUCGUUUUCUGAAGCCGGCGAGUCAAUGGAUAUCGAUCCUCCUUCAUCGCCGCCUGAGCCUGAACGACAGAGUACUGAUUCGGGACGCAACACUCCCCAGCCUUCAACUAAAGGCAGGAACGGCAAUAAUAAUAAACGGAGAAACAGAUCUAGGCGAUCCAAGACGCCCAGCAAGGAGAAGUCUCCCAAUAAAGGAAGGCCGGAUAAUGCCCCGACGCAAAAUGAGCAAACUGGGCAAAAUAAGGAGAGCGUUUCUCAGCAGAGUCUGAGAAGUCGCCUUCGUUCUGCAGCGGAGAAAUCUCCGGCAAAGAACGAGAGCACUGAACGUCAACAAGUGGACCAAACGGAGGAAAUGCAACAAACGCCAAAAGGACCAAAGGCCCUUUGCAACGAACCUGCCCACAAUCCCGUUGCUGUUCCUGAUCCCGAUCCCCUACCUGAACUCACCCCAGUUCCGCAUAACGAGAAUCCCGAUGUUGCCGUGGAAUCUGCUAGCGAAGAUACCGAUACACAAGCUAUGUCCCAGUUGGAACAUGACUUAGUAUUCGCGGUGGAUUUGGGAAGUGAUGCAGCAGACAAAGAAGCCGCGGAAUAUAUGCAAACAGCCGCGUUCACACGCAAACGAAAGCGAGAAGGGGAAAAUUGGACCACGAUUGCUAAGAAGGAGCGCGAGCGCCGCCGCUCAUCAAGGAUUUUUUCCACCUCAACACCGACAGCUGAAGUUGAAGACAGCCAAACCAUGAGAUCCAAGAAUCCGAAGCCUUCCACGAUUUCCCGAGAAACCCCUACGUCGCCCGCGAACUCAGUCGCAAAGAAGCGAAAGCACAAUGCGGUUGAUUCUGCAUCUGUAACUCCGAAGCGCGACCGGUCCAAGAAGAAUAGAGACACUGCACAGGAAACGGAAAUGCAGGAGUCCCAGAAACGACGAUCUGGCCGUAUCAGCGGUGUUCCCGGACCUGAUCUUCCACCUGCGGAGGAAGAUCCUGGGCCAAAGAAGUCGCCCCGGCCGAACAGCUCGCGGAAGCAGAACAAGAAGCAAAAGAACCGCAGGUCAGAGAUACGCCAAUCCCAGCCAGCGGCAGAAACUUCCAACCAAGAGGCCAUCGCGACAGGGGAAAGCGCCCAAGAGAAGGCACAUGAGCAGCAGCAGCAGUCCCAGCCACCACUCACGGACAAUACUUCUGAACAGAAUCUGGAGUCAUGGAGCUGGCCUCAAGUCAAUCAACCUGAACCGCAUCCUAGUCAAGAAGAGCCACCGAAACAGUCAGAUGACGUCGAAAUGGCAGAGGUGCUGGAAUCAGUCCCACCAGAGGCACAGGAAGAGGCCACGACGAACAAACCUCAGCAUGAAACCGAUAUCGAUCAUCACGUACCCUCUGAGCCGAUCCGGGAACAGCAACCCCCAGCUCUACCAGAGCAGGAACCACAACUAGAGCCGGAGCCAGAGCCAAAGGCCGGGUCGGUGCCAGCACCACAGCCCAACCAGAACACACAAAUAUCAACCUCCCUCCGCUCUCUCAUCGAUCAGGUCAAACUCGCCUCCUUAGAUCGGAACACCGUCAAAGAGAUGGACGAUCUCCUUUUCGACCUUCGGGUUGAAAUGCACGAGGCCCUAAGGCGCCAUAGUGGCACUACUGCCACCCCUUCUACCCAAUAA